GAGAGGCGGCAGGUCGGCCUGUUCAUAAUGUCGGGCAGAAAGCCCCGCUCGGUGGCAAACCCCCUGGAGUCUGCGAUCACCACCCCGAGUGAGAAGAUACUGAAGGAAUGCCACAGUUUGUACGUGGACAGCGAAAACGGCCUGGUGACGAUCGCCAGCAGCCUAGGAGUCCGACUCCUGCCUCCCAGGAAGAAGAUCAUUGUGAUGAUAAUGGGGAACCACUCUGCAGGGAAAAGCUCCUUCAUUAACUGGUACGCUGAAGAGCACAUACAGAAAACUGGUGUUGCCAUUGAAACGCAGGGGUUCACGUUCAUCACAAGUGGCCGUAAAAGAGAAUCACUGACGGGGAAUGCAACACUACACCUCUACCCUCACUUUAGACCAAUCCUGGAGUUCAAAGGUGUUAUAGACUAUCUGACUGCUGAGAUCUCCACAUCCAAGCAGAAGAAGUUCAGCCUGGUGACAUUUGUGGACACGCCGGGUUUGGUGGACGGGGACAUGAUCUACCCAUUUGAUGUGAACAGCGCCAUCACCUGGUUGGGAGAACAGGCUGACCUGAUAUUUGUGUUCUUUGACCCGAUGGGUCAGGCGCUGUGCAAACGUACACUCAACAUUGUGGAGAAGCUGAGUGAGAAGUGCGGAGACAAGCUGUUCUUCUACCUCAGCAAGGCUGAUGAAGCUGGGAAGGAAACAGACCGGCAGAGGGUGAUGAUGCAGAUAGUCCAGGAACUGUGUCGCCGUCCAGGUCUCAACAAAUGUGGUUUUGAGAUGCCCACAAUAUAUAUACCCAACCCACAGAAGCCGAGCCGAUGUGUAAACCAGAUCGAUAAGGUGUGUCAGACCAUCGAGAAGACCAUCAACCAGGCCGUUCAGAAGACUUUGGAUCAGUUGGAGAAAGACUGUGACCUAAUUUGUUCUACCAUCAGCAGCAAAUUAGAACAGGACAGGGUUGAUGCAAGUUACAACAAAAGCGUCCGCCUUCACUCAUUCAUGUGCGGGGCUUUGGGCGUUUUUCUUCCUCUCCUCUUCAUCCUGAGUUUCAUUGUGAACACCAUCUCCAAAGAGCAGGUGGAAGAGCUGUUGGGAGAAGGGCUGGCUCGAAUGCUGCUCAUCUUCUCAGGAAUAGUGAUGUAUUUAUGGGACUGGAUACCAGAAGAUGGACAAGUAGUGUUUGUGAUCUUUUUUGGGGCGUUUUGCUACCUCCUGCUUUUCCUAGCAAAGUAUUUUGCAGGCCGAAGGAAUAAGACGCUGACGAAGAAGGAGAAGAGGACCAUGUCAGAAUACAAUGACUAUAUCCAGGAUAUCGUCAGAACCAAAAAGGGUAAAUUGUAUGAAUGGUACCUCCAGCAAUGUGCAGCCGAAUAUGACUUCUGACUCCGGGGAAGCUGAGCGUAUGUUAGCAUAUUGCAAACAAAGCCAAGGUUUUUGUAAAAAGACACUCCUUGUCCACCAUGAAUCAUUUGGUGAUCUGCGGCAGGAGAAAGAUGAUCCCACCAAAUGAUUUCCUGUUGUCUUAACCUCUCAUGCAGCAGAAAUCACUGCCAACUGCCAUCAUCUCAAGAGUUACAAGAUUACUCAGAAGUUUAAAAAGUGCCUGUAUUGUUCAGUAUAGCUGAUAAGCUGUGAUUGUUGUCAUUUGAUAAAAGCAAAUUUCAUAAUGUGAAUUCAUUUUUACCAUUUUUGUAGCACAUACAUGUAGACAGAAGUGAACUUUUUCUUAAUUUCUUCUUCAGAAAUCAGCUGCUUUCUGACAGCAACAUGUUCUCUGUUAAUCCUCCUUGUUGUUUUCAUGUCGUUUUUAUCCUCUCGCAGCCUCCUGAAGUUUGUAAGAUAACAGAAUAUGUUACAGUGAUUCUGAUGUUAGCAAUACCACAAUAACAGAUGCAGUAAUAAUACUUGGGCAUUAUAUGAAAUACUUUCAUACCAAUAACUUGCCUACAGUAUACAUUUUCUCCUGCCUCCAAAGAGUCUGUCCUACCUUUUUAGUUUUGUUGUGGAAUGUGUGUGUAGAUGCAGUAGAUUAUCAGUAUGUGAUAGUAUUUACAUAAACCACAAUCGAGAUUGUUGUAAAAAUGUAAUGUUUCUAUCCAUUGUUUUAAUGACCUGGUUAACUCAAAUCUGUUUUUAAGACAAUAACACCAUGUAAUGCCUUCACUCCAGUGUUUGUAGAUAUAUUUAUUAGUCUCAGCAGGUAUCUUUUGAGGUGCUUUGUUUACAGCGGAUGCACCGAUCUGAUACACCAGAUCAGUAUCAAAGCCGAUACUGACCUUUUUAAGUGGAUCAUUUAACACAAUUCAGAGAUGAGUCCAAAAAUAUACAUUUUUGUCAGCGUGAUUAUCAAAGUCAGUCUUUUCUCGGUCAACUAUGCUCAUUCAGUCACGGUGGGUUGAGAACAUAAAAUUAUCCACACAGUGAGGUUUACAGAGUUUAGAUUUGGGAAAAGAAAAACACAGAUACACUGAGGUUAGGGUAUCGCAGUAGGUAUUGGGAGAAAAAAACAUCAAAUCGGUGCAUCCCUGCAUCUUACCCCAAAUAAAGUAAGAAACUUCUUUGGGCUGUUUGCAAUAUUAUUGUGAACACUGUCAGGUUGUAUUUUAUGUGUGAGUUAGCUGCCUCUUCAGUAGGGAUUUUCUUUACUUUUAAAUGAGAUAUUUCAUUUAUGAAUGUGUGAAUUGUGUGUGUGUGUGAAUUUAUCUAUUUUGUUAUUUUUAUUGUAUGAAAUCAAAAAGUCUCUUUGUCUAGAAACAUGUCUUUUUUUUAGUCAUCUUGACUCAAAGAAUGAAACCAGUUGUAAACAUGCAACUAUGCUGUGUCAC